ACGAAGUUUACGUUAUUUAGUGUUACCAUAUUUACGACAUGCCGAAAAGAAAACUGCUUAGAUGUAAACAAACUAGCUAGACCUGAAUCAUUGAUUAGGGGAUAUUUAGAAUGGCAGCGCCUAGUGAGAGCAGACUGUCUAUUACAAGUGGUAAAUCAGGAGCAAGUAGAGUGGAUAGUGCAGCCUCACAAAAAGAACAAGAAAAUUUGCCAUCAGAAAAGGAGGUGGACUCUUUUGGGAAGACACCGCUACACAUCGCCUGUACAUAUGGUCAACUCUCCAUGGUGGAGAAAUUACUGAAGCAAAACCACAGCCCAGUUUCUAAGACAAAGACUGGCAGGACCCCUCUCCAUGAGGUGUGUGUGGGGGGACACAAAGAGAGCCUGCGGACGCUGCUACAGUACACUCCAGAAGUGAAUAUAAGGGACAGGGAUGGACAGACUCCCGCACAUGUGGCAGCUUUUAAUGGAGAACUUGGAUGUAUCAAGAUGCUCCAAGACAAAGGGGCAAACCUAAUAGCAGAGGACCAUAGAGGACGGCAAGUGGCCCACUUUGCAGCGAUGAGAAACCACAAAAAGAUUCUACAGUUCCUGUUUGACCAGGGCAUUGACUUAGACUGCCGCUGCGAGAUGGGGAAAACUCCUGUCCAUUAUGCUGCACAGUAUGGAGCCUUACAGUCGGUGAUUCUGCUAGUACAGAGAGACUGUGACAUCACACUGACAGACAACAAUGGCUACCUGGCAUCACACCACGCGGCCAGACACAACAAGCUGGACUGUCUCCGCUUCCUGGUCAAGCAGGGCUCCAACAUAGAGGCCACCCAGGCUGAUGGAAAGUCCCCCUCCCACGUGGCUGCAUUGUACGGAUCCAUCGAUGUACUCCACUGGUUGUUUGAAAAGGGAGCAGAUCCAAACAAACAAGACUAUUUUGGGAACACCCCUGGACAUUACGCCUCUGAGGGGGGUCACCCAGAGUGUCUAAGCUGUUAUCUGUAUCAUGAGGGAGAUAUUGAAAACCAGAACAUCAAGGGAGAGACUCCACUGGACUCAGCCAGGAAAGCAGGCCAUCCGCUGUUGAUGCAAAAAGCGAUUACUAAUGAGGUUCCGUGUAAAACAUGUUUCCAAAAGCACAAGAAAAUAGAGUGGGAGAGGAACCAUCCACCCGCUAAAGUGGAGAGACAGAUCACCACUGCCAAAUCCGUGGCCUACAAAAAUCCACUCCCCAAAACAGAUAAAGUUCCAACACAACUUGAAAUCAAUCUGAUGAAGAGAGAGAAGAGGCUCGAGAAGUUAAUGCCCAAGCCCACAGGGCCAAAGCGAGAUGCCUCUGCCCAGUACUACGGCCAUUAUUUGGACCCCAAUGAAGUCUUCAAAUUCAAGGCGUCAGAGGAAUCCAUCAGAUUUUAAUUUUAUUGUUUUGACAUUUUUCCAAGUAAAAAAUCUCUAUUGUUAUUUUAAGAAUUUCAAAUAUUUUCCAUAUACUAUUGUUUUACAUGUAUAAUGUAUAUUUUGUGAUACUGAACCUAUUUCUCUAUUUUUGAAUUGAUAUUUUUUAAUUAUACUACGAGACGGUUUUCUGUGAUAUAUUUUUUCUGAUGUUGUAAUUACUUCAAAUAUUAUUUUGAUUAAAUAUCAGAUAUGAUGUAUAA